CUGCUGGGCGACGUCACUUUGGCGCUUCAGUUUAGAGUCGGAGCGCGCGGAAAGAAAGCGGUCGGGAAGGUGGUAGUACUUUGGAUUAAUUAAACAAACACACCAAAAGAGAAAAACACGUUAUUUUCGAUUUGAUUUGCUGUUUGGCAUUCUGGACCCGGGCCUUGAAGACAUCCGGAGCUGACGAUGCAGAGGAGUAUAGCCUCGUUCUUCCGGCCCGCGGCGGCUGGCGACGGGAAGACCAAGGGGAGCGCGAGGACCGCGGAGAAGACGGAGCCCGCCAAGUCCCCCCUGAAACCGCAGAACGGCACCCCGGAGCCCGACUCCCCCAUAAAGAAGACGGCCAAGAGAAGCCGACGCAUCGCGGACAGCGACGAUGACGAGCCGCGUGGCGGGGAGACCCAGGGGGCCACUCCUGCACCCCAGGCUGCUGCGGAGCAGGUCACCCCUGUAUCUGCCCCUCCCCAGCCCAGGACGGAUUCUGCCCCGGACGUCAGCUCCCCCUCCGGCAGCGAGGGCUCCCCCGGCAGCGAGGGCGCCGUCAUCUCCCCCUCCGGCAUCCCCAAGCGGCGCACCGCCCGGAAACAGUUCCCCAAAAGGAAACUGGAGAUCACAGAGGAGAGACGGGCGUCGCCCCCAGAAGACGCCGGGCCGUUGGAGACCUCGGAGAAGCAGGGAAGCUCGCCCGUCGGGGGACAGCCAGCCGGAGCGGCCGAAAGCGACCCCUCGCCCGGGGCGGAGGAGGGGACGGGAGACAUCGCCGAGAUGAAGGUCGAGCCGGGGCCGGGCGAGGCGAGAGAAUCGGAGCCCUCCGAGGACGCUGGGAAAAAGAGGCUGGACGCCACGUCCAAGCCAGCUGCGCCGAAGGCAGGGGCCGCCUCCCCUCUCCAGAAGCCCGACGACGCCAACGCCAAGACCAAGAUGUCGGCCAGACCGGCUGCGAGCAGGGUGAAGUCCCCCCAGGCGGACAAGAAAGAAGGGAAGAAGGGAGAGGAGGUCGGAGCUGGGAAGUCGGUGGAGCCAGGGAAGGUGGAACCUGCCAAGAGCCGGGCCGUCAGCAGCUUCUUCACCCCCAAGAAGGCGGCCGUCAAGCUGGAGAAAUCGGAUGGCGAGAAGCCUGCGGUCCAGACGUCUCCGCCGGAGAGCAGGGAGACCAAAGGAGGGAGCUUCUUCGGCAAGCCGGCAAAGUCGGAGACGGCUGCCGGCACCCCCUCAGACUACAACCCCUCGAAGUCGAACUACCACCCUGUGGAGGACGCCUGCUGGAGCCACGAGCAGAGAGUCCCGUACCUGGCUGUCGCUCGGACCUUUGAGAAGAUCGAGGAGGAGUCUGCCAGGCUGAAGAACAUCGAGACCCUGGCCAACCUGUUCCGCUCGGUGAUCGCUCUGACCCCGGCGGACCUGCUGCCCUGCCUGUACCUGUGUCUGAACCGCAUCGGGCCGGCCUUCCUGGGCCUGGAGCUGGGCGUGGGGGAGACCGUGCUCAUGAAGGCCGUCGCCCAGGCAACAGGCCGGCAGCUGGACAAGAUCAAGGCGGAGUCCCAGGAGAAGGGAGACCUGGGAUUGGUGGCCGAGAGCUCCCGUAGCAACCAGCGCAUGAUGUUCACGCCCCCCAAGCUGACGGCGACGGGGGUUUUCGGCAAGCUGACGGACAUCGCCAAGAUGACGGGGAACGCGUCGACGCACAAAAAGAUCGACAUCAUCAAGGGGCUGUUCGUGGCCUGCCGCUUCUCCGAGGCGCGUUACAUCGUCCGGUCUCUGGGCGGGAAGCUGCGGAUCGGCCUGGCGGAGCAGUCGGUCCUGGCCGCUCUGGCGCAGGCGGUCUGCCUGACCCCGCCGGGACAAGAAUUCCCACCUAAGGAGGUGAAUGCUGGGAAGGGAAUGUCCCCGGAAGCUCGGAAAGCCUGGAUUGAGGAGAGAGCCCUCAUCCUCAAACAGACUUACUGCGAGCUUCCCAACUAUGACGUUAUCGUUCCGGUCUUGCUGAAAGAGGGGAUCGAGGAGCUGCCGAAACACUGCAAGCUGACACCUGGGGUGCCCCUGAAGCCCAUGCUGGCUCACCCCACGAGGGGCAUCGGCGAAGUCAUGAAGAGGUUCGACGAAGCCACCUUCACCUGCGAGUACAAGUACGAUGGGGAACGGGCGCAGAUCCACAUCCUUGAAAACGGAGAGGUUCACAUCUACAGCCGAAACCAAGAGAACAACACCAGCAAAUACCCCGACAUCAUCUCCAGAAUCCCGCAGGUGAAGAAAGAAGAGGUGCGCUCCUGCAUUUUGGAUGCGGAGGCCGUGGCCUGGGACAGGGAGAAGAAGCAGAUCCAGCCUUUCCAGGUGCUGACCACUCGCAAGAGGAAGGAUGUGGACGCCUCCGAUAUCAAAGUCCAAGUGUGCGUGUACGCCUUCGACCUGCUGUAUCUGAAUGGAGAGUCGCUGGUCCGCCAGCCCCUGUCCAAGCGCCGCGCCCUGCUGCGGGAGAGCUUCACAGAGCGGGAGGGGGAGUUCAUGUUCGCCUGCUCCCUCGACUCCGACAACACCGAUGUCAUCGCCGAAUUCCUGGAGCAGUCCGUCAAAGAUUCCUGCGAGGGCCUGAUGGUGAAAACCCUCGAGAAGGACGCUACGUACGAGAUCGCCAAGCGGUCGCACAACUGGCUCAAGUUGAAGAAGGACUACCUGGAGGGCGUGGGGGACACGCUGGACUUGGCUGUGAUCGGAGCCUACAUCGGCAAAGGGAAAAGAACUGGGACCUACGGCGGGUUCCUGUUGGCUUGUUAUGACGAGGAGAAUGAGGAGUACCAGUCAAUCUGCAAGAUUGGGACGGGAUUCAAAGAUGAAGAUUUGGAGCAGCAUUUUAACUUCCUAAAGGACCACACCCUGCCCAGUCCCCGCCCCUAUUAUCGCGUGGACCAAUCGGCCGAGCCCGACGUGUGGUUGGAGGCGGUCCAGGUGUGGGAGGUGAAGUGCGCCGACCUGUCGCUGUCCCCUGUUCACAAGGCGGCAAUGGGACUGGCGGACUCCGAUAAAGGGAUCUCUCUGCGCUUCCCUCGUUUCUUGCGGAUCAGGGAUGACAAGAAACCGGAAGAGGCCACCACCGGGGCGCAGGUGGCAGAAUUGUACCGAAAACAGCAGCAGAUCCAGAACCAGGCCUCCGGCGAGAAGGCAGACCUGGAGGACUAUUACUGACGCCCCCGUCUUCCAGCGAGGUGCCCCCGACUCCCCCGUUCUCAGCCUUGACCACCAACGCCACCGCUCAGACACGCACGCGGCUGCCGCCUUUGGCCUGGCCAGAAACGAUUUGCUUUUAGGUUCUCGGGAGGGGGUGAAACUUGCCGGUUGACGGCGCAGUACGUUUAUCCGCCUUUUUACUCUGCAGAAGUGACAAAAUCAGAGCGGUGCUGUGGGAUAGACCAUAUUGUAAUUUUUAUAUAAUAUUUUUUAUACGAGGAAUGAUGUGAUCCCAGCCCCGUUCCUUUUUGCAAACACUGCGGGUUCAAGAGGUUUAAAGUUUAAGGUUUAAAGUUCAUGGCAAGUGUCUUCCCAGUCGACCGUCUGCCUGUGUGUGAAAUCAAGAGGGGUGGGGGUAUCAUCGGCCUUUGACGUCUAGACGACAGGUGACAGAUUCCGUUAAAAAAAGAUGUGCGAGAGUUUGCGUAUUUUAAUUGCAGCUUUCGAAGAACGUUGAGAGCACAGCUGUUGAAAGCUUGCUUAUUUGGAAGCGUUGUAGUACCCAUUUAAAUGCAUCUCUUUCCACGGUACCAGUCAUUGUAUUUGCUAUGUUUAAGUCUUACUGUGAAGAAACCGGAUGAGGGUAGCAAAGAAGCUGGCGUUGCGAAGAUGGAAAAGACUGUUCAAGGAGUGAUGGCAGGUUGUGUCUUGGGUUUUAGUUGUGCAGGAGCACCCUUAACAGGGUAAAGGGCGUUCUGAAGCAAACUGGGCAGUUUUGACACUUGAAUAAAUAUUUGUUGUUUUUUUUUUAUAUUUGUUAUAUGUUGAUUCAGAAAUGUCAGAUAUUUUUUUCCCACUGGUAAAGAAGAUUUUUUAAUUCCUAGAACAGAUAAAGAGUGCAAAGUCGAUGACUCGCAGAGGCGGGUUUGUGAUCUCGUUGUCCGAAGCUUGCGGUGUCAGCGGUGCAGUUGAAAAGCCUUGAAUGCUGUUCAGAUAGAACGUGUCGGAUGUUGAUCAACUAGCAGUGUUUCAUGGAAGUGAUCCAUUUUUAAAGUAAACGAUUGUGCCUGUAAAUACAUUACUAGAAUGUGAUGUUGAAUCCAAAUAACCGUGUAAUAAAAUAAGAUGUCAUUUUGUUUUGUGAA